AACAAGAGGAGAGGGAGAAGGAUGGGGUGCAUUGUGCAGACCGGAGGGCUGCAGAAGAGAAUAGAAAUAAGGAGUGAAUGAUACAUGGAAAGGAGACAGACUUGGACAAGAUGGGGGUGUGCAUGUCUGAGCACAACACACUGUAGAUCUGAGCUCACGUGAAGCAAAAUCAAAGGCCAGGCUGAAAGUGUUUGCAACUUUGAGACGCAGCCGAGGAGAGAAAGUGGGUGGAGACCAAAAACGAAAACAAAAAAAGAGACAUCACUUAUGGCUGCUGCAGACGCUUGUUCGAAAGGACAAGAGGUAUUUUUAAAAAGUGUGGAGGAGCGGCACAGAGAGCGUGCAGAGCGAUCCUCCCCUCUGUCCCCUCAGCAGGACAAGAACACUGAACCAGAGCCAGAAAAAGGGGAAGGGCCUCCUUCUCCUCCUCUCCAGCUGACAAAAACAGCUGCCCAGGAACCCGCACUGGAAAACCACGACUGUUUACAGGACAAGGACAGAAGGGGUCAGAGUGGAGGACGAGGAGCCCAAAAGUCCCAGGUCUAGGAGCCGUCCACCUAUAUGGGUUGCGUCCUGAGUUCAGACUGGUGCGGGGAGGAAGAGGUCCAAACUGUGGCGGUGGUCAGACACUCGUCUCUGAAAAGAAGGAGCGUGGAGAGGAGCGACAGCGGGAAAAUGAGGCUGACAAAGGCGGGGAAGGGGGAGCCUCAUGCCUUCAAGGAAAAGACCUUCAAAAAGAAGCGUCAGUGCAGCGUGUGCCAUCAGAACAUUGACAGCGUGGGCUCCUUCUGCAGAGUAUGCAAGACAGCAGCUCAUAGGAAAUGUGAGGCUAAGGUGACCUUGGCGUGUAUCCCGUCUCCCUCUCAUGAUCUGCAGCGUAGAGGAACCGCUCCUUCUCGACACAUCGCGCACCUGGGGUCCACAAAGUCUUUGACUUACACCAAACAAAGAAACACUCUUCCAAGGAGCUUCAGCAUGGAUCGUGUGAUGGAGCGAGUGAUGGAGCGGCACUAUGACUUUGACCUGACCUACAUCACUGAGAGGAUCAUCUCCGUGUUCUUCCCACCAAAGCUCGAAGAGCAGAGAUACAGACUCAACUUAAAGGAGGUGGCUGCCAUGCUCAAGUCCAGACACCAGGACAAAUUUCUGCUCCUGAACCUAUCUGAACGGCGUCAUGACAUCACCCGUCUGAAUCCAAAGGUUCACGACUUUGGUUGGCCUGACCUCCAUGCCCCUCCACUGGAUAAGAUCUGUGCCAUAUGUAAGGCUAUGGAGAUGUGGCUGACCUCUGACCCCCAACAUGUGGUGGUCCUGCACUGCAAGGGCAACAAAGGCAAAACUGGUGUGAUUAUUGCAGCCUACAUGCACUACAGCAAGAUCUCUGCAGGGGCGGACCAGGCUCUCAGUACUCUGGCCAUGAGGAAGUUCUGUGAAGACAAGGUGUCCUCUUCCCUCCAGCCGUCCCAAAACAGGUAUAUCUAUUACUUUGGGGGCCUUCUCUCAGGAGCGAUCAAGAUGAAUAGCAGCCCUCUCUUCCUCCACCAAGUCCUCAUCCCGUCACUCCCUAAUUUCCAGGGUGAAGGAGGUUAUUACCCCUUCUUGAAGAUUUAUCAGUCCAUGCUGUUGGUUUACACAUCUGGAAUAUAUGACCUGCAAGGCACCGGAGGCAGGCGACUGUAUGUCACCAUCGAACCAGCACUGCUCCUAAAAGGUGACAUCAUGGUGAAGUGCUACCACCGGCGAGCCCAAAGUGCUGACAGAGACACUGUGUUUAGGCUGCAGUUCCACACCUGCACCAUACAUGGAUCUCAGCUGUGGUUUGGCAAAGGAGAGCUGGAUGAGGCAUAUACUGAUGAGCGUUUUCCCUCUGAUGCCACAGUGGAAUUUGUGUUCUCUUCUGGACCUGAGAAGAUGAAAGGUCGUGAAUACCACAAGAAUGAUCCAGCAGUCACAGUUGACUACAACACAUCUGACCCAGUGGUUCAUUGGGAUUCCUAUGAGAACUUUAACCAGCGAUACCAGGACAGUCUUGAGGAUAUUGCCCACACCAGAGGCCCAUUAGAUGGCAGUCUCUAUGCCCAAAUAAAGAAGCGCAGAGGACCUGGUUCUGGUUCUCUCUCUUCAACCAAUGGCAGCAGCCCAGGGGCAGGGACUACAGAAGACAGACCUGACCACUUCAUUGCUCAUGAGUCUGACUCUGCUCUCUCGGCCCAAUCCAGCCAUGUGACUCAAUCGCUCAUCCAUCCCGAGCAUCAUGAAGAUCUUAUUCGUCCUCCACCACCGACCAGGCAAGAGCGUGAAGAACUUGAACGUCUCCUUGGAGGUAUAGAAGGAAACCGAGAACGUGAGACGGCAAUCUUGGAUGACGGAGAUUCGUUGCCAUCGGAGAAAACUGGAACACUAAGGCUGAGUCGAUCAUGUUCCUGCCGUGAUGGUUACCGAUCCCAGCGCUGUGCAGAGCCUGGUUGUGAUCGCACCCUCCUUAUGCCUAAUGGGUACUGCCUUGAACGAGCUCCCGGCACCAACGGACACCAUGGAGCGGCUCCGUCCGCUCGCCACUACUCAGCCGUUCCUCCAUCACAUAUGGAUCUGUGCCAGCAUUACAGCCCUCAUUCACACCAGUCCCUCCCUCCUCCAGAUCUGGUGUGGGAUCGUCAGAGUGUUUCUCCACAUUACCUACAUCGCUCCUUCUCAGAGGCCCCCUCAUCUCGCCAUUUCUGCCCCUACCAAUCUUCAGAACUUUCCCCUCACUCUCAUAACCACACCCAUCACCAGCCUCUGUCUGCUCCAGGACGGCUCUGCUGCAGAGAGGACAGCUACAGUCCCUACCACCACCCUUCUCCACCACACAGCCUCCACCAUGCCCACUCGCACCGCCCAAAACCCUCCACAAGCCCUACUUAUGAAGAUAUCAUGCUCAUGGAUGGUUGCCCUUGCAGGGACUGCAGCAGCAGGAGAGAAGACUCAGCAGCCUAUCACAGCCUAAGAAUGGACCAAGGUGACAGCUUCCAUUGGGAUCCAGAGGCAGAGCUUCAGCCAAGAGAGGUGGGCCUAAGGAGAAACAGGAAGGCGGAAUUACCAAGAGCGUCAGAACUUCACUGGGAAAGGGAUCCUGGGUUAAGACGAGGCAGAGAAAUGCCCCUUCACUGGGAGAGAGACAGAGAUGCUGAACUGCAAUGGGAAAGAGAGAGAGAGGCUGAGUAUUGGCACAGAAGGGCCACCUCCUAUGGUCCACAAGGUCAUGACCUUCCUGCUUUCACUUUUGACCCUUUGCCAUCUGGUCAUCCAGCUUAUCCAGAACCAUCGAGGUCCCAUGCUCAUUCCCAUCUGGACCUCAAGUACAGCAGUAGCAGUAGUGGUUACCAAACGCCCCGCCAGGUGUGCCCCUGCUCACCUUACCAGCCUUCACCGUCUGAAAGCAGGGGCUACGCGUCUGGAUACCAGUCUGACUCCACCUCCCCUCUGCCUCCUGCGUCCUCCAUGAUGGGGCACUGCAGCCACAGCAUCGGUCCACCAGAACAUAACCACCACGACUGUCAUCCAGACUCUCAACAGUCAUUUGGCUCUGACUCUCACACCGAUGGUCUUCGUAGUUCUGGUGAAAGUGUAGGAUGGAGGGAUCAUAUUAGCCGUGGAUCUUUUAAGAGUGUCCACAGAGACAAUGGCCUUGUCGCAUCCUCCACGCCAUCUGACAUGUCUGGACCGCCCACUCCUGUCCACACCAGCAGCCCUCUAUGCACAGAGGAAAGUCCCAGUCCCGGAGUGAGGGAGAAUGAGAUACAGACCACAGACAUCCUCAGCAGUGACUAUGAAACCUCUCAGCCUCACAGCGCAAACUGCUGUAGUGACGGUAUUGUCCAGGAAGUCCCCACAUGUCACACAGAGCACUCACCCCCGCGACAGGCUGCCAAAGACACACAGUCACACACAGUGACCAUGACGACACAAAGUGAAGCUCAUAACCAUUGCACUGUCCCCACAGACCCUCACCCUCCAGCAGAUACACCUUCUGCUUCAUCAACAAAGAACCCAAACAGUUUUGACUCUGUGCCUACAUCUGACCAGGCAAGUGCACAAUGCCAGACAUCUUCUUCUGCAGCAGAUACAAAACCUCAGUCUGGUCCCCUCAUCCACCAGAACCCCUGUUCUGCAGAGGCCUCCACGUCCAAACCUCCAUGCCAGACGCAAACGCAAACCAACAGCUCUGACGGAGCAGUAACAUCACAGCCGCAGGUCAACGGAUCAUCUCCACCCAGAGUGCCUACCCCAGACACUCCAAAACCAAAUGCUGCAUCUGUUCCAGCAUCUCCAACCCCAGCUUCACCAUCAUCCCCUCAGCCCCAGUCCAGCAGCAGGGAGGGCUCCCCUCACUCUGAUUCUCCAGUUCCCGGGUUUGCCACAUUGGGGAGGAAGUUGAUGUUGAGUGGACCUGACACUCAUCAUCCCAACCACAUCCUUCAGGACGGAUGCUCACAUCACCACUCCAUGGAGCACACGGCUGUGGGCCACAUGGACAAACCUCACACUCCUGCUGUGGACACUAACAAGAGGCACUGUCACUCUGCUCACCUGCCUCACCUCCACCCGUCCAGCUAUUCCACCAUCUCCAUCCCCCUUCCUCAUCCUCAGCCACCUUUGCCAGAAAAGCGCCACCCUCCUGCACACUUAGCUUCCCCCAACAAUGGGUUGAAGCCAGUCAUGGCCCAUGUGCCUCCCUCUACAACUGGCACCAGCCAGCAGCAGCACCACCAUGUGACAUUCUCGCCCACUGUAGGGGAAAUUGCACCCUCUGCUGGCCACAAUGAUGAAGUGGAGCCUGAAAGUGCAAAUCAAGUCAAUGUGCGGUUUGUCCAGGAUAGUUCACGCUUCUGGUAUAAACCGGGUAUAUCCAGAGAACAAGCAAUUGCAGCUUUGAAGGAGAGGGAGCCAGGAUCCUUUCUGGUCAGGGACAGUAACUCCUUUCAGGGAGCUUAUGGUCUGGCCCUGAAGGUGGCCACUCCACCGCCCAACAUCAACAACCACAGCAGCAAGGUGAGUGACCCCCUGGAACAGCUGGUGAGGCACUUCCUAAUAGAAACAGGCCCUCGAGGAGUCAAGAUUAAAGGAUGUCAGAAUGAGCCUUACUUUGGAAGUCUCUCUGCAUUAGUCUACCAGCACUCCAUCACACCCAUCUCUCUGCCCUGCACUCUGAAGAUACCAGAAAAAGAUCUGAUAGGGGAGGUGCAAGAGGUCCAACCAGUCAGUAACAUCAGCACGGCCGCUGACCUGCUCAAACAAGGAGCCGCCUGCAAUGUCCUCUACCUGAACUCUGUGGAAACAGAAUCACUGACUGGACCCCAGGCCAUCGCCAAGGCCACAGAUGCUACCUUGGGUCGCAGCCCACGUGCCGGGGCCACCAUAGUCCAGUUUAAAGUGACGUCACAGGGCAUUACACUGACUGACAGCCAGCGCAGGCUUUUCUUCAGGAGACAUUACCCAGUGAACAGUGUGACAUUCAGCAGCAUCGACCCCAAAGACCGGAGGUGGACUAAUAACUCAGACAACACCACUGUUAAGGUGUUUGGAUUUGUUGCCAAGAAGCCGGGCAGCUUGGCAGAGAACGUUUGCCACCUGUUUGCCGAACUGGACCCCGAACAGCCGGCCUCUGCCAUUGUCAACUUCAUCAACAAAGUCAUGUUGUCUCAGCGCCGCUAGAAAGAAACAGAAGAAACACCUCAGACCUGACCAACAGCGACAAAAGGCUGUCAGUGCUGACAAAACAUUUACGUCAUGACAGAGUUAUUGUUGGUUGAGUUUGUGUCCAUCUAUUAUUGUGGCAUAUUUUCUGUGUUGGAAUGCCCAACACCGGGGUCAACAUGUCCUUAAACGGUUAGUCCUUCCUAACAGCUCAACAUAAAUGACAUUUUUGUCAUCAACAUGGACGUGCACGGAAAGUAUACGCAUAGUCUGUCAGCUACAAUCAAAGCACACGAGUGGGGGAGGGGUUCCUAAUCCUUCCAACUAAAACAAACUAAUCCUACUCGUUUGUUUGUUUUUAAAGACACUUACCAAUCAUAGUUAUUGAUAGUUAAUUGAUGGACAUGUUUCGUUCGUUACUCCACAUAAUUCAUUCCUUACACCUCGUUUAACUUUUAAAUAUUUUGAAGGGUAUUGUAUGGAGAAGGACACAAGACACGAUUCUGAUAUCACAAUUCCUCCAAGGAUGAGGAGGCUUCAGACUUUCUUUUCCAAGUGUCCACUGUGUUUUUCCAGAGAGAGAAAAUAACUUUAAAGAAAACAAAAUCAGGGUUUGUGCUUUGGGCCAAAUUUAAAUGAAAUGAAGACUGAAUUGUGCUGUAAUCAUCACGAUCAGGAUGUUUCCUCACAGGGAAAUAAACCUCCGGGGGGGGGGGAAUUGCUUUAAAAACAAGUCUUUAAUAAAAACCAACAGGUGUAUAUAGUUUGUUAUAAUUUCAGUUUUUCUUUUGAGUGGCUGACCAAACCCCAGAUGAUAAUUUAUGCAUGUGUAAAUAUUUUGGUAUGCCAACACAUGUAAUAUUUAACCCAACUUGGCACCUUUUCCUGGGUGACGUUACUGCUAAACAUUAAGGACAAUCCCCCCAAAAUACUCUGAACUUAGUGCACUUAGCGUGAGUCAGAGACAUUACUUUCUAACCAAAGUAAACAAUGAAUGUAAGAGCUUUUUUUAAUAUAAGGUGUGAGGAAGCAGCACAUUAACAGUUUUGGUGGAUUGAUGGUACUUGAAAGUAAACGUCGAUCGAACGCAUUCAUGAACGGUUCAGUCACGUCCUUUUGUAAGUUUUAACAGAAUGUACGUAAAGUGUUGUGAAAAAGCUCAAUGGGGUAAAAAGAAUGGGGGAAAAAAAAGACUGCCAUGAAGUGUUUUGAGUUUUAGAAUUAUUAAAAAUGUUUGUACACAGCAGUAGCAAGUUUUCAGACUGAUUUAGUAAAGUAUUUGUACAGAGAACAGUAACACAACUUUUAUGUACUUAACCAAAGACAAAACACUUGUAUUAAUUAGCUUUUUAUCCAAGUAUAUUUUUGUACUUAAAUGUAUUUUUACAUGUAUUCAGUGUUGCCUUAUUUAGUAAAACCUAGAAAACACUGCUUGUACUACAUUGAUAAUAUAUUGUUCUAUCGAUUUGUAUGAUGUAGUAAUAUAUUUUCACAUGCAGCUAUAGGACAACAUAUGAGACAUACAGAGGAAACAAUUGUUCAAAACUGUUUUGUAUGUAAAACUGAGAACAUAAAGUUGAAUAAUAUGGUACCAAAAUUU